CUAACCUGGGAACUGAUUGUAAGAGACAUCCAGCCCUCCCAACAAAGGCUGCGAUUCUCUAUUAAAUCCUGGGGAAUCCAAUGUAGAGUCGAAAACCACUUCGGGUACAAGUGGUACGUCUUCGCCGUCACUACAAACUACAGACAAGGCCCCGUGUGUUUCGCCGUCUGAACUACUUGUAUUUAUCAAGAUAGGAACAGUCUCACCACUCAUCACCCAGAAAGAAAAGAAUUUCGAAGAGAUUUCAGCAUUUAAAGUGCGAUUUUUGUGAUUUAACCUAAUGUAGUAUUUAAUGACUUGUGUUAGUUCGUUUCGUAUAAUGUAAUUGACCAGAAUUUCGAAACACUCAAUUUUUAAUUUAAUUAUCUUUUUACACUAGUUAAAAAAAAAAUAAAUUGGGGAUAAAGAGGGUGACAUCAUUUGAUUAAUGACAAUGACAGAUGACAUUAGAUGAAGUCGUUUUUUAAAUGGCAUUGUCAUUUUUAGUUACUUUUUACAUUCAACAUAUAUAUGACGUUAUUAAAUAUAUUUGACAAAAUCCGAGCCCGAGGAGUUCUAAUACUAUUUUUUAUACCGUUACAACAGUUACAGUUCAGUGGAUUAGAUAAAAAUAAAGUAAGGCCAGUUUUUAUGUCUGUUUUGAAACCAGACAUUAGUUAAUAUUGGCAUCACUGAUUGUCCAUGUCAACUUCAACAUAAAAGAAAAUAUUGUUGAUAUUAACCUCAUUUUUUGAAUAUUAAUUUUUAUAAAACAAGAUAUAGAUUAAAAAGUUUCAAAUAUGGAUGUAGGAGAGCUUUUAGAUUACAAACCUCCCCAAGCCUUAAAGAGGCCAGCAGACGUUGACGAAGAAGUAGAUAAGGUUGAGAAAACAAGAAAAAUGAGGAGAAUAGCACGAGCUAAGGCUAGUAAAAUGGCUAGACCUGCAUCUGCUACUCCUAUGCAACCUCUAGAUCACAUCAGCGAAGAAGAAAGAGCAGAAAUUUUAAAAUUUGUGGAAACAGAACAGACACAAGGUGAAAUAAUAGAUGAAACAGCUUUAAAGAAAAUAAUAUUGAAUUUUGAAAAAAGAAGUUUGAAGAACAGAGAAAUGAGAAUAAAAUUUCCCGAUUCUCCUGAAAAAUUCUUAGAAAGUGAAGUAGAACUACACGAAAUUUUACAAGAAAUGAGAGUUUUAGCAACAGCCCCUGAUCAUUAUCCAUUAUUGGUGAAACUACAAGUUAUUCCCAGUCUUCUGGAGCUACUUUCCCAUGACAAUACAGAUAUAGCUGUAGGCACAGUCGAAUUAUUACAAGAACUCUCAGAUGUAGACAUACUAAAUGAAUCUGAAGAAGGUACUGAAGCUCUAAUAGAAUCACUGCUGGAACACCAAGUGAUUGCUUUAUUAGUACAAAACUUGGAACGCUUGGAUGAAUCUGUUAAAGAAGAAGCUGAUGGUGUCCACAACACUCUGUCUAUCAUAGAAAACCUCACUGAAUUGAGUUCUGAAAUCAUAAAUGAGGCAAGCAAACAAGGUUUACUGGCUUGGUUACUGAAAAGACUGAAGUUGAAAGCACCUUUUGAUUCUAAUAAAUUGUAUGCUAGUGAGAUUUUAUCCAUACUGUUGCAGGAUAAUGAGAAAAACAGGUUAGCAUUAGGAGAAAUUGAUGGCAUUGAUACAUUAUUACAGCAAUUGGCUUUUUACAAAAGGCAUGACCCCAAUAGUUCUGAAGAACAUGAACUGAUGGAAAAUCUUUUUAACUGCCUAUGUAGUUCUUUAAUGGUGGUGCCUAACAGGGAUAGAUUCUUAAAAGGAGAAGGUCUUCAACUCAUGAAUCUAAUGUUAAGAGAAAAGAAAACAUCAAGAAAUGGUUCAUUAAAAGUCCUCGACUACGCUAUGUCCGGCCCGAACGGAAAGGACAAUUGCAACAAAUUCGUCGACAUCCUAGGUCUACGUACGAUCUUCCCGUUGUUCAUGAAAACGCCGAAAAAAAACCGCAGGCGAGUGUUAUCCACGGAAGAACACGAGGAACACGUUUGUUCGAUAAUUGCUUCGAUGUUGAGGAACUGUCGCGGAUCGCAGAGGCAAAGAUUGAUCAGUAAAUUUACCGAGAACGAUAACGAGAAGGUCGACAGACUGUUAGAAUUGCAUUUCAAGUAUUUGGAAAAAGUGGAAGCUAUAGAAGAAAGCGUUCAAGAUGGACAAGAAGAUGAAGAGGAUACUGCUUAUUUGAAAAGAUUGGAAGGUGGUCUUUUUACCCUCCAACUGGUAGACUACAUUAUCGUGGAAGUUUGCGCAGCCGGACCGGCAGCCAUCAAACAAAGGGUCAUGCAAAUUUUGAACCUACGGGGUGCUUCCCUGAAGACCAUCAAGCACAUCAUGAGAGAAUACGCCGGAAAUCUGGGAGAGGAAGGGGAUAAGGAAUGGAGGGAUCAAGAACAACAACACAUCAUUAAUUUGGUUGAUAAAUUUUAAUUUAAAGUAAUUAAAUGUAUAGUUAAUGAGAAAAACGUAUUCUAUAUCGAUUUAUUUAUUGAAUUUACAAGGCAUUCUCUAUCUUUUUUGCAUAUUUUCAAUCGGAACCCCAAAAUCUUAUGAACAACUAAAAAAGAAUUUACAUUUUCAUUAAUAACUCUAAAACGGCAUGCAUAUUUUCAUGAAAAUUUAGAUACCAUAUAAAAGAAAGCAAGAGAAAUUUCAGGGUGUAGUCUUUUAUAAAAUUUGUUCUCAUUUCCCUCCAUUAAUAAUUUUUUAAUCACCCUGCAGCUUUCAUCAAAUGUAGAAGAAAACUGAUAGAUUUGAAUGCUUUUUACCAUUCAUUUCUAUCUGUAUCCAUUUAGAAGUUAUUCAAGUUUAAAAUAAGUUAAUCGCAGUGGUUUUCAAACUUCUUUUGAUGGUAUGCUGUAGAGUUAUCUAAAGUAUCUGCCGCCUAAAUGUUUAUUUAAAAAGAAAUAUGGAUAUGAAAAUAACGAAUCUUGUGUAAUUAAAGGAAGUGCCACAAUACGGAAAUUAGUAAGAACUGAUGGUUGUUAGUUCAAGACAGACUUAAGUUUUAACUGAAAUUAAAUUUUCUAAAAUAAAUAAACGAAAUUCACUAAAAUUUACUUCUAUAUAUGUGUCCAUUAUUCCUUCUUUAAUAUAGCUCAUGAAUCAUAUAUAAUAAUAAAAUACCUUUUUUUUUUAAAUAAAAAUGCACCAUGUAGAUUAUAUAUUUUUAUUUUAUUAAAAAACAAAUUAUUUAAACAGCCAAUAAAUAUAUAUCUCAUUUAAUGUAACAAAAAAUAUCAGUAAAUAAAAACAAACAAAAAAUACUAUAAUUUAUUUAAAAAAAUACACAACAAAUUGACUAGAUCAAUUUCAAUCUAAUAAAAAUCGUCGGCUUACAAGUAAAACUAACCAAAAUAAUUUUUUUGGUACUAUAAUUUAUUUCUCUCAUACAUAUUCUCUUUCUUUAUGAAUUGGUAGAUGAUAUUAAAUAAUCCUUCACAAUAAUAAUACUGUAAGAAAUGUAAAUUAUUGUAUUUUGAUUGUAUGCCGACAAUAUUAUUAACAACUUUUUUGUACUAUAAUAUUUUGUAACUUUUGAUUAAAGCUCGUCGUAAUUUGUACAAUAUAUUUUGAUAUAAAUUUAUGUAGGAAUAAAAAAAAAGGUUUUGCUACUGCUGGGCUCUAAGAACAAUUUUUUUAUCAAAUCUCAAAACUUUUUAGGUCCCUCUACGUAAUAUAAACUGAUAAAAUGUUAAAAGAAAAUGAUUUGUUUAUUAAUUUAGUAGGAACCAGGCAAACAUUUCUAAAAACAAUCUGCCAUGAUAAAUCUAAGUAUAAAAACCAAGUAACGAGAUAUUUUUUUGCAAAAAUUUAUCAGUGAACAUAUAAUUAUUAAUAUAAAUGUUUGCUACUGAUAAGCAUUUAAAUUAAAUGGGAGAUCUUUAUCUUGAUUUAAUUACUUUUGAAAAUUCAACUGGAUAUUUUGUUGUUACUCAUUGUAGAUUAAAAAGAAAACAUUAUUUAAAUAUUCUUUAACUUUUCUAGGAUACUGUGUUAGUAAUGUUUGGUUUAUUCGAUUAUUUUUGUUUAGCUAUUUUACUAAAUAAAAAAUUUACCUUUUUGUUAUAAAGAGUAGUGUGUAAUUAUUACUAGGGCGGAUCGAUUAUCAAUAUAAACAGAUUAUCGAUUAUUUAAAAUAAUUGAUUAAUUGAAAAAAAAAAAACAAAGAUUUUUUUUGGAAUAAUUGAUUAUUUCCAAUUAUUCAAUUAACCGAUUAUUUUGCUUACCCCUAAUUAUUACGAAUCCAAUAUAGCUAAGACAUUAAAAAUUUUGUAUCACCCUGUCGUCCAUUUUUUAAUUAACCAACGAAUGAUUUUUUUUAAUUUCCAUAAAACGUGAUAUGUUCAAUAAUAUUGUAUAAAAUUUUAUCCUCAUCUCAUGUAUCUGGCCAAUCUGGGAUCGUACCGUCUCAUCGUGGUAUACCCCAUGUCCCGAUAACUACCCAAUUGUGCCACGAAGCCCUGAUUAGGGAAAACACAUCGCUUCAUUUUGACUUUUUCUAAUGCUUCUUUAGCUGUUAUGUUGUACUUCUUCAUCAAGUACGCUAUGACGACGGUCGCGCUCCUGGACACGCCCAUUUGGCAAUGCACCAAUACGGCUCCGCGAAUCAUCCCCUCUCUGAUAAAUUCGUACGUUUCGUCGAAAUACGACAACAACUGAUGAGCAGAUAUCUGGAAGCCUUAUAUAUUUCAUGUUAAGGUGUGGAAGAGCUUCUUUGACAGUGGAAGUUAGAGGGAAGUCAUUGAUAGUCAAUAUAUGAGUAAUUUUAUAUUUUUUAAGUGUUUCAACGUUUCUUGCUUCGGCUUCGCCGCUAAGAAAUAAGUUCGGUUCGAUCAUAUCAAGGUUAUCUGGGUAGCUCCUUGGUCUUCCAGAAAGACUGCAAUAUAAAUUUGACAUGAAAAAUGGACAAAGUUCCAUCGAGUAAUCUGUAUGUGCGCAGAUUUUUUUUUAAUACUCAAAAGUAACAAUUUUA